GUAGAGUGAGGACGUGACAAGUUCAAUUUCCAGAAAGAAUGGCGUCGUCCAGAGGAGGGGGAGGGGGAGGGGCGGUGAGGGUAGGCGAAAUGGAGAAAAUGAACAUCGACCAGCUGAAAGCAUUGAAGGAACAGACUGAUCUCGAAGUCAACCUUCUCCAGGACAGCCUCAAUAACAUUCGCACGGCCACUGGCCGCCUCGAGCUCGCUUCUUCCGCCCUCCACGAUCUCUCCCUUCGUCCUCAAGGGAAGAAGAUGUUGGUGCCUCUCACCGCUUCUCUCUAUGUUCCCGGCUCGCUCGAUGAUGCCGAAAAAGUCCUCGUUGAUAUCGGCACCGGUUACUUUGUUGAGAAAACUAUGGCGGAGGGCAAAGCUUAUUGUGAGCGAAAGAUCAACUUGCUGAAAUCUAAUUUUGACCAGCUCAUUGAGGUGGCAUCCAAAAAGAAAAGUGUAGCAGAUGAAGCUGCAGUAAUCUUGCAGGCAAAAUUGAGGCAGUUGGCACCUUCAACAUAGGAUUCCAUGCGCGGUUUCUACUUAACUGAAAAUUGAAUUUCAAAUCAUUGUAGAACAGCACUACCAAAAUUAUAACUCUCUUUCCACUUUUUUGUUUGAGUCAGGAAGAUUUUAUUUUCCCAUCUGAAUUAUGCGUUCAAGUGAGUAUAUUUAAACGUCAGAGAGGUAAUUUUUUUCUGGUACAUAA